AUUUGCGGUUAUGUUGGUGUGCAAGAGCUGGUCUCAGCUGUGACUCAGCCGAGAAGUUUAAUUCGCGCGUUGCACUCUACAGCCCCUAUGGCGUUGAGAAUGUAAACCAUUUCGUGAACAUUGACAAUGCCGUGAAGGGGAUGCCAUUUCCUGUGCGACUGCAGGGCUCUACAGCAUCCGGAACAUCGAUUUUCUUUGCUCACUCACGCAUUCGAGUUCUACGAACGAGCCAGGUGGCGAAGUGCGGUGACCUAGGCUCUUCUAGUAUCAUCAGUGCAAUAGAGAGAACAGUUUGCUGGGACUACUCAGAAUGUCGCACUUCGGGUGUCACGCGCGAUGGUCCGACGGAAUUUGACCCCGAAACGUACGCCUUGUUCGAUCCUGUGGCAUUGCGAGAAGUUGGCACUUUUAUGAUCUGCUUCUGCUCAGGAGCCGGACCAGGGUAAUUAAUGUUCUUUCAACUUGUUUUCGUCCGUCGUGUAUCUUCUGUGCUAAUGAUGUUUGAGCUUGAUAACUACGAAUUAUUCCGUUUAUGAUUUAUUCCGUGACCUUUCUUGCAGGCAGUCGAUAGUCUGUAAUACACAAGAUUUAUUGCCUCGCUUUGGUUUACGAUGACUGACUCUCAGUUUCUUCGAAACAAAUUUUCAAGGUCUUCUGCAAGCAAGUGCACGCAAGACGCAGACUACAACAUCCGGGUUGGCACAGUCAAGGUGACAGGAAUCGAGACGAAUAGUGAGGCCUGGGUCUGUACACAGAGUGGUGAGUCGAGCUGCAAAAUAGAUAUCAUAUCGAGAAAGCCGUCGAUGAAUGAUAAGGUACAUUUUUACUUAGCAAAUCUGACUGUGACUUUAUUUUGCUGGACGAAGCCGUUUUUUUUCAAACAAGGACUGCGAAGGCGGGAAUACUACACUCAUAUACACCCUUAAUUCCUAAUACUAAUUGGCUCACAUUCCUUAUCCACACUACUGCUACUCUUGUUUUCACUUGUUCGCAACAGCUUUCUUCCUGAUUAGAUAAAGUAGCUAUAGAUAAGGACUCCAUAUCCACCAUUAGUUAGUCGGAUCCUGACCUGAAUGCUUCCGCAGGUACGCCUGAUUGCCAGGGAUGGCAAUUCAGCGUGUUCGAAGUCUGAGCGUGCGGAUCCAACGUCGUUUACUCUAGGAACGCAGGUUUCACCUACCCGGAUUUACAACGUGACUACGCUCGGAGGCGUGCAGAUAGGAAAGCAGGCAUUAGAGUACAACUUCGGGAUCGCCGCUCGCACAGGCUCCUACGCGGUUUGCUACUGCCAGGACUACAACGGCUGCUCACAAAACAUGCACUUCUUCCAGGAGGCAGGCACGAUCUCAAUUGCAGGUGUGAGCGGGGCGCAGGUACAAGUGAAUGAAUACAUGAAGAUGUAUGAAAAAUUUGUUUUCCGUAGUCUUUGCUCAUCAGGAAGAAUGAGGACGCUCUUCUGGAGCAGAUUAGCGUAAUGCGGAUGUCGUGAUUAGACAAUCGUGUGCUUAAGCUCCUUUUCUGAUCUUCAUCUCUUUCUUCAAUCAGGCCGCUCAGUUCUGUUUCGUAAAUGAGCCUUGUUCUGCGCGUAUGAUCGGCACGCUGUUGGACGCUGGGUCGCGCAUGCUGCUGCUUGACGGGUCAGAGAAGCAGGAUAGCUGUGGCAAGCCCGGCAAACUCGUAACUUCGCAUCAUUUCUUUCGGCAUGAGCAGGUAAACUUUCAGUCGCCACCCUUAUUUGGAUUCCGAGUGGACACAAAUUAUGGCAGGCUGGAAUUUUUUUGGACACCGUUCGGAUGAGAAGAUUAGACUCUAUUCGAAGAUGAUUUUUUCCGCUGACUGUAAGCGUGUUUUAGAGCAAUGAACUGCCAUGACCGGCUCUUCUAAUUCAAAGGGAACCUAGGCAACAGCGUCGAUUUCCUGGACUACACCUUGGGCGAGCCGGAGGUGAUCACAAAUUACAUCAUGUGCUACUGCGAUCACACGCUUACGCCUGGUGCGGCCAAGGCUUGCGAAUACCAGGAGUACUUUACGCAAUUCGCUGGAUACCUCUACGUGCGCGGUGUUGAUACUCGACUGGCAAUGAGCUGUGAGCAGGGUGGUGCGUGCGAGUUUAGUAUUGUUGGUCCGGUGAUGACAGCGGCUGAUCGAAUCAUGGCUAUUGAUAUGGUGUUCGACGACGCUGGCAGCGACAUCACGCCAGACGACAAAAAGUGCAUACAUUUUUUCUUGAAGCGUCCACGUUAGUGUAGCCUUGUUAACUGCAUCAAGAAUCUUAAUCUUUAUUCUUCAACGUCAAGUCGAGCUUUGAUUUGAUAGAUCGUUUAAGUCAUCAUUAAAUAUCUUCUUCAGGUGUGGGCAAGCGCAUGCGACGCAAGUGCGGGAUGGUUUCUUUCAGCCAGGCAGCUUGAUCGCUCCGAGUAACAUCGAUUUGCAGGUCGUCAGUCUGGGCGGAAAAAGUCGAGCGAACUACAAGUGGACUGGGGUAAUUUAUACAUGUCGCUUAUUGUCGUCUAUUGGAUCUUUUUGAUGUACUAGCUCUGUCGUUUUAGUCCAGUCUGACGUAUCUAGUGUAACGUGUGUCUCUCUUGUGGAAAAAAUCGUUCUUAUACUUGCAGGUUGUUAAUCCGGGUAAGUUUCGGCUUUGUUUCUGUCCCGGAAUUUCUGGCAGUCAGAGCCAUACCUGUGACGCUCCAGCACAGUUUCAUCUGGGACUAGGUACGGUUCGAGUUCAAGGAGUAAUCUCAGAUGUCCAACCCGGAAUUUUGCCGACGAACAACGUGGUCUCUGUCAAGGUCUUAGAAGUUUAG